UUUGUCUAUUUCAGAUCGGGUACAGACCAUGUUCCUCCUUCUGCUAAUCAUGAGCCUGGGAAUGCAGCUUCAUCAGACAGCAGCUUUAUUCACAGUGACGGUCCCUAAGGAACUGUACAUAGUAGACUAUGGCAGCAAUGUGACCCUGGAGUGUUACUUUGACACCGGAGGUCACGUGGAACUUGGAUACUUAAAGGCCAGUUUGCAGAAGGUGGAAAACGAUACAUCCUUGCAGAGCGAAAGAGCCAGCUUGCUGGAGGAGAAGCUGGCCCUGGGGAAGGCCUUAUUCCACAUCCCUCGAGUCCAAGUGACGGACGCAGGCCAGUACCGCUGCCUGAUCAUCUACGGGGUCGCCUGGGACUACAAGUACCUGACUCUGAAAGUCAAAGCUUCCUACAAGAAAAUCAACACUCAUUUACUUAGGAUCCCGGGGGUAGAUGAGGUAGAGCUCACCUGCCAGGCAGAAGGUUAUCCACUGGCAGAAGUGACCUGGCCAAACAUCAGUGUUCCUGCCAACACCAGCCACAUCAAGACCUCUGAAGCCCUCUACCAGGUCACUAGUGUUCUGCGCCUAAAGCCACCCCCUGGCACGAACGUCAGCUGUGUGUUCUGGAAUGCUAACGUGAAAGAACUUACUUCAGCCGUCAUUGACCCUCAUGGUGGCAAAGAACUUGACACCUCUUCAAAUCGGCUACUUCAUGUUUUCAUCCCUUCCUUCAUCAUUACUUUGAUGUUCGUAGCUGCAAUGAUAGGCCUAAGAAAACAGCUCUUCCAAAAGCUUUCCUUUAGAAAAGACACAACAAAAAAAUCUGACGCCACCAUAAGGAGGGAAGUGGACAGAGCUAUUUGAACCUGUGGUUUCAGGAGCUGGGGUGACCUGAUGGGACAUCCUCGAGAAGCUUCUGGACUCUGAACAAAAGAGAGGCAGCACCCGGCCACGUGUGCUUAAGGAGGCCAGGCAGCCCCCCACGCGCCCCCGCCGAUCCAGGCGCUCACCCCUGCAGCCUGUGACUCUAAACAAGCACUAUAGCACUUUAGAAAAUGACCCCCCGGAUCCUAGACCCCGAUGUGUCCUGAGGCUCCUUCUUGCUGCCAGACUGAAAACAAGGGAAUUUCCCCCCCUACUUUUCCAAAGUGAUUUCCAGAAGCAGAGAUGAGUGGAAAUUUUCAGUUACAGAAAUGGACCAAUUGCCAAUACAGUUAUUUUUAUCUGCAGUUUCUUCUGGAUUCUGGAAAAGCCUGUUGAGGCCAUGAACUCACAGAGCUUUAAACAAAGUUGAGCCAUAAUUGGCGUAUCAUAUGGCUUAGUGGAACCUUGAAAGAAUCUGAGUUAUUUUAAUUAACAGAAAGCAUUUAAGUACACAGUGGACAACUCCAAAUUGUAGAGAAAGGCCGUUGAGUAUUUUUGUGAGAUCUAAAUCACAAAGCAUUUGUUUUAACCUGUAAUGGCCCCAUA